CUUAGAAGGAAUUUUUCUUCCGAUCCAUUCACGCACUGCCUGCCAUUGCAUUGUCUUCAUGGCUCCAAUCACCAAAACCACUUCAGUAAUUCAACUUCAUGCAAAGACCCAUUUUCCAAUCAAGUUGGUCUUUACCAAUUUUACGAUAUGGCAACCGCAAGUUUGAUCAACUCUCAUUGGCUUAGAUCUCCUUGGUUUUGUUGAUGGUUCCAUGGCUGCUCCGCCCAUGGACGUUGACGGUGCUUCAAACCCGUGCAAUUCCAUUUGGUACCGACAAGAUCAAUCCAUUGUCGGUGCACUUCUUGGUAGUUGUGAUGAUGUGGUUCAACCUAUCAUCUCCAAUGCCGCCACGGCUCAUGAUGCCUGGAAGAGUCUUCACUCUGCCUUUGCUAGCACUAGCCGUGGUCGUGUGCUCUCGCUCAAAUCUCAGCUUAGCAAGAAUCCACGAGGGGAUCGCUCCAUUGCUGACUAUCUGUUUGACAUGCAGACCAUUGCAAAUGAAUUAGCACUCAUUCAAAAUCCGAUCUCUGAAGAAGAUUUGGUGGUUCAUGUUCUAAAUCAAGUUGGUGAGGACUAUGAUGCUAUUUCCUCUACUGCUCUACUUCGCCCCACCUCCAUUCCGUUCACAGAACUUGGAGAUAUUCUGAAAGAUCAUGAGCGAAAACUAAAGGCCACUGAUGACGCUAAAUCUGUCAUUGUUUCCACAGCAAAUUACACUCAGCAGCAGCGUGGUCCUGGUAAGCUUCCGGGGGCAUCUCGUGACCCUGUCUCCAACGUCAGCUCAAACGCUCGGCGGGGAUGCCAAAUUGGUAGCGGUGGUGCUCGUCCUUCUCGAUCGCAUGUUGGGUCUUGCCAAUUCUGUGAUAUUCAGGGGUAUGAUGUGAAGGACUGUCGUAAACUUGGACGCUUCUUGCGUAACCAUGGAUCUGAAAACGGGGGCGAAGCUUCUCACCGGGGAUAACCUACACGGAGUUUACUAUGCACGAAACCCAAAUCAUACGCCACAAGUGAAUUUUCACGAUGGGGGUUCCAUUUCUGAUUUCCAUCAUAGUCUUGGUCAUCCUUCCAAUAAAGUUUUACAUGUUAU